CAUUGCAAUCAGCUGUCAGAAAGAAUUUAUUCUUGUAAAAAACAAAAUUAUUAGUGUCUUCAGAUAAUUCCCGUCAAAUAUGGCGGGGCAAAAUCCAGGAUCACCGACCGACUUUCAAUAUUUUUAUGAAGAUGAAGUUUAUAAAAUCAACAACCGGGGCCAAGUGGUUUUCGGCCUAGUGCUCGAGAACUAUGAAGCUAACUCCAGUGACCAAGAGAGCGACAUUGAAACACCUAUACAAAAAGGAGAAAUUCGUGUUGUAUGGCAUCCUUCCGGCACAGAACGCGUUAUAUCUGAGAAAUCGGUGGGUCUGGCAGACAGGUCCCUUAUGCCAGGUGAUGUGGUUCGUCGCCUCAUCGCUGGCAAGGAUACCCAGAGGGGAUAUUGCCGCGACAUUGUAAUGACGGCCGCCUUGCAGAUCGUGGGCACGAAACACGUGAUCCCCAGUGUAGCAAGUGAAAGACUUCAGCCUCUUGAAGAAUUUUCCCCUGAUUUAGCAGUUUGUCUUGAUUCAUGGGUUGGCACUUCUAAGGCCGUCCACAGUAAACUACGUUUAGUAUCCUCCGAUGGAUCACGUCUCGAGUAUUCAGACCUAGACACGUGCCCUCUCGAGGACUACUCCAUGCGACGUCGACGCUCCACGCCGUACUCUUCGUCUGAAUAUUAUCCUGGACAAGUGGUUUACGGGCCUCUGGGUUCUUUGGAUAACGCCAACUGGUUGCACAUGACUAAGGAAAUGAAGGCUGCUAGAAAACAUAAGAUGCAUGAUCAUAAGUUUACUGUGGAAGCGGUUGUCACGGAGAGUGUGAGUGUGCACUGGCAGUGUCGUGCCCUUUGUACUCAUCCAACAGAGACUGGAGCUCCUCAACAACCGAAGUUCUUCGUGGAAGGAGACGACCUGAAAAACUUGAAAUUGCUAAAUGUGUUCGAGCCGUGUACAUUACAAGUAGGAGACCGAAACUUCCUGACAAUUACCACAGAAGAUACAUUUGUUGGUAAAAAGCAAUGGAGGAAACAGCAGAGUAAAAUCUACAGGAACCAACGUAAACAGACUCGUCCAGUAAAGAAAUCGUCCAAAUCGGAAACUAAUUCUAGUGAACACGUGCCUUCGCGGCCCAAGAAACGAGCCUCAUCGCACAGGAAACUGAAGCCUGCCGAUAAUGAAAUGGAAGUAGACAUGACGGAGGAGAAACUUGAAAACUUAGACGAGGUCCUCAAGGCGGACCCGAGCUGUCCCAGCAUCAAGAUAGAGCCCAUCGGCGACGUCACACUACCCAUGGCCAGCAGUCAAGAAGAUACUGCUACCGAGGAGAAGAACGACUCUGGAAUAAGUGGGCUAAGUAAAUCCCACGUCCGCAGCCCGGAGCCGGCCAAGGAGCACGGCUCGCUGCUGAACGGCGACAGCAAGUCCGACGUCGCCCUCAACGAUGAUGACUCCGAGAACUGGGAGAACACCAGCAGCGACGGCAGCGACACGGACAGCGGCGCCACGUGGUCGUCUCGCUGCUCGUCUGCUGCGUCGCGCGGCGGCAAGCGCUCCCCGCAGCUGGCGGUGCGACUGCUGCGCGGCAAGCGGCUCAAGCGGACCGUGCGCCGCGCGCCCCCCGCCCCGCCCCCGAAGCACAACGACCGCGUCGUCGUGGAGACGCUGCACACCACCAGCCGGGCCAACGUCGUCUGGCAGGAUGGUACAAUUGAAAUGGGCAUUCCUUCGACUCAGCUGUACCCUAUCCACCACCUCGAUGGCCAGGAGUGUUUCCCGGGAGACUUCGUAGUUAGUGGCGCCGCUAAUAUCGAGGAGAACCAACAGCUAAAACACCGAGAGUACGGCGUGGUCCAGCGCGUGGACCACCACGGCCGCACUGCCAUCGUACACUGGUACCGCACGUACACGAGCGCUGAUGAACCUGUUCCACAAAUGCUGUACGAGAGUGAGGUGAGCGUGUACGACUUGAAGGACCAUCCGGACUUCCAGUACCGGCCCGGGACUGUGGUCAUACGCGUUGCCAACUUCACCGGGGAAGACGCCAACUGCACUGCGGGACAGGUCAUUGAUAACUUUCCUACUGGUCGAGUGAAGGUGUGGUGGGUCGAUGGUCACAUCAGCAUGUGCUGGCCACAGGAUCUAUACAAGGUGGGCGAGUACGAUUCGGAGGAGGGCGAACUGUGGGGCUCUGAGGGAUCCGCCUCCGAGGACUCCUGGGAGACGCAGAGCUCACAUGCUGAACACGAGCCACGCACUCCGGAUGUCACACCUAUACUUCCGAAAGUGGAGAAUCAGCAGGUUCCCGCCGUAGAAAGUACGUCGAGUGGUCUAACGAUACCGAGGCUACUGGAACCGCGCGUCGCCGCUCACAUCGAGAGGGGACGAGUAGCCAUGAGGAGACUGGAGGAGAUGUUCGCCAAACAUCCUGCGCUUCAAACACAGGAGAUAAUGAGAAAACUGCUCAAUUUGUAUAAGGACUGUCGAUUCUUGGAUCGCUUGAUGGGUACUACUUUCUUCCAUGAAGAUCAUUUCUUGGGUCUACUGGAGCGGGUGCGCGAGCGCGGGGCGAGCACGCCGCGUGCGGGCGAGCGGCGCGUGCACGAGCAGCUGGCGCGCCUGUUCACGCCCAACGAGCCGGGCGGCGACCUGGCCGCCACCGACAUGCUGGUCGACGAGCACAUGGAGAAGCCGCCCACGAGGACCCUCAUCACGUCCAACGUUACCGUCGAGCCUAUGGAGGUCGAAGGAAACACUCCAAAGACACAUACGAAUUCAACGUCGGAUUCAACGGUGCAUGCUUCAGGUUCCAACAUCAGUGCGCAAGUCACUCAGGAGGGCGCUACUGUUGAAGAUCCGUCUACGGAGCAAAGCGACUUGGACGGCACGACCCGCAACGUUUGCUACCGACUGUGCUCCCUCAUACAUUCGCAACUGGUGAAGGCUCACGCGGAAGUCAGCCGGAGAAGGCCGCAAGAGUUGGCCGGAUUCCUUAACAACUUAAUGAAAAAGAGAAACGUGUCUGAGGAGAACUUACUCUACCACUUUUCAGUUCAGUACGGUGCUCUGGUCGUGAGCAUGGGUGAAGACGAGAAGGCCGAGACGAAACCAGCCGAAGGUGAAGCCAAGGAUGCCACAACCGGUACUGCGGAAACCGACGAAGUCAAGAACAUACCUGACGCAGCGCCGCUAGCCGCCGCUGAAGGCGCGGAAAUGGAAGCGGAAGUGGAGGGCUCCCCUGUCUCCGGAGGGGAGGGGUUCGCGCUGCUGGAGCUCGCGCCGGCAGCGCACCGCUUCCGCCUCUCCAUACUGCAGCCGUCUGACCCGCGCUCCUUCCACUCGGCCGUCAAACGAGAGAUCAAAUUGCUCAGGAGUGAUCUACCACCCGGCGUCUGGGUCCGCGGCUACGAGAACCGCAUCGAUCUGCUGUCGGUGAUGAUAGCCGGACCCGCGAACACGCCGUACGAGGACGGGCUGUUCGUGUUCGACGUGCAGCUCGGCGGGGAGUACCCGCGCGCGCCGCCGCUCUGCCACUACCACUCGUACUGCACGGACCGACUCAACCCGAACCUAUACGAGGACGGGAAGGUUUGUGUGUCUCUACUGGGCACGUGGUCUGGGCGCGGUGUCGAGGUGUGGGGCAAAGACAGCUCGCUCCUACAGGUCAUAGUGUCUCUGCAGGGACUGAUCCUCAAUGCCGAGCCUUAUUUCAACGAGGCUGGAUAUGAGAAACAAAAAGGUACCCAACAAGGCAAGGAGAACUCGCGCAUGUACAACGAGAUGGUGCUGUUAAAACUCGUUCAAUCGAUGACGAAGAUGGUCCUUAACCCGCCGGAACCGUUCCGCGACGAGAUCAUGCAGCACAUGCGCACGCACGCCGCCGCGCUCUGUGCGCGCCUCGACGGACUCGUGGCGCUCUCCGGGGAGGCGCCCCUCCCCCGCCCCGUCGCGCCCCCGGACUACCCCCUGGUGCCGGCGUCGCGCGGCUUCUGCCUCACGCUCAGGUCGUCCCUCGAAGCGUUCCGAGCGGCGCUGCGUAGGAACGACAUCACUCUCCCCCCGGAGGAUUUAUAGCACGCCUCUAUCUAGCCCCCGCGACCCGUCCUCGUCCCCCCUCCAUCAGUGUUGCCGGACCGCGGAAACCUCGCUACUAAAUGCCAGCAUCAGAAAAGGACGAACGAUCCGUCAAAUUUCUAGUAGUUUGCGCGGGUCUAGUACUUCAAUACAAUAUGCGGCCGCGUACAGAACCGAUGAAAUUUUUGGCGAAUAAAUUUUGCGUGGCGUGAGUGACGUCACGCUUCAUAGUGUGAUGAGAAUGACGUCACAUACGACCCCAUGACCUAACCGACGACAGUCGUUGGGUGGCGAUCCGGACGCGGACUCGUUGAUCGUAUUGCUCGCCAAUACGAGACCAACCGGUCCCGCGACACAUUUUAUGAAUUAAAUUCUAAACGUCGAUCUUAUGCGAACAUGAACAUUUAGGUUUAUCGAAUGUAGUUUAAUGUUAUUUAUUUGUAAUCGAACGUAUACAUUUGUCUGGCGGAGGUUUCGUCGAGUACUUACUGAAUUUCCACACUUUUUACCGAGCCGAGGCUUUUAGCUGUAAUUUCGAAUUUGCUACACGAUUAUAAUUAUAAAGACAAGUUGAUUUAGUUGAAAUUCUGUUAUUCAAAGCUGUCAGUUGUUUUUUUUAUAAUUUGUAUGAAUGUGCGAGUAUUGAUGAGUCACCUAGUUUUAUUUAUUUGUCAUUGUCUGUAAAAAAAAAAACAAACAUUCACUCAUAUUUAUGUAAUGUAAUUAAUUUUAAUGUUAUAUUUUUUUGUUUUUUUUUUUUUUCUUCUGAUAUGUAAUUAAAAAUGUUGAUAUGAAAUGAGGUACUAUUUGCGGGUACGUUGUGGUUGAUUUGGCAGAUUCUUUGUCAAUAUGUAAUGGUAAAUUUCAGUAUUUUAAUACAAAUUUUUUUUAUCUUAGAAUUUCACUUUUUGAAAAUGGCAUGUUAAUUAAUUAUAUUUUAUAUUCCGAUAUAUUUUAUUUAAAAUAAAAUUAUGGAAGUAUUUAUGGAUCUCUUUCAAGUGUAACGCUAUUUAGGAGCGUUUUUGUUUAAUGUUUUAUUUUAUAUUAGGAUAAUGAUUUAUUAAAGUAAUUCGUGUUCUUUAAUGGGAAUCAAAAUUCCGAAACGAUCUUAACCCAAUGCGCCGCGUGCUUCAUUAGUGAUAUUUUUUUACUUGUUUUUAAAUGUUCUCCUUUAUAGCAAAUUCGUCUUGUUUAGUGCUUAGAGCGUAGAUGGAUGAGUGGCGUGAUGUCGCCCCACGCAGCACAAAUACAAUGUAAUUUCAUGCCAAAGUCAAUUGAGCUAUGGAAGGCUUUUGUCGCUUUUAUUCGCGAAAGUGACAAUCUGUGUAUAAUGAUGAUAUAAUAAAUAAUUCUUCAACCUUUA